UAAAAGAGUUAAUACCUCAUUACCCGGAAACACAUUAGAACAACAACAACCCAGUAAUGUUCUUCAAGUAAACUAUUCCGUCUACUUUCCGUACGCUCUCGUGCAGGAUUGGCCAAUGGUUAUCUGUUUAGGUUACCUAUGGGAAAGGGGAAGUAUACUUGUUUUUAACUGGAUGUCAGAUUGUUGAAUUGGGAAGGGUCUGCAGCAGAAAUGAGCAGUCCACUCUACCAGCACAGUUGGAAGAUGUCAACAGUAGAAUGGCUGCUGAUGAUAACCUAACAGUUACAUUUAUGGCACAGCCUAAGGACAGUGGCAUACAGCUGCCAAGUGAAAUGGCAGGAUCACACAACCCACAGCAGGUGCACAUUGAAAUGUCUGUCUGAUGUCAAUUCCUGUAUCUGAACUCUCAGUGAGUAGAAAUUUGUCUUCUAUAUGGGCAGGUUGCCCAGCAGUCGUCAUCAAACAUACUUAACCUGGUACAACAGAAUUUAUUCCACAGCACAGACACAUGGAACCAUUCCUCAAGUUUGCAGCAGACAGCUUGUGCUGACCAGUGGGGAUGCCUUGGAGUUGUUCUUCAGCAUACAUUUGAUUGCAUUGUUCUGUGGAGUUGUAUGCGCCAUCUUACAAAACUGUUUAGAUUCUUGUCAGUCUUGCGUCCUGGGCAGUAGUGCAGGAUGGACAAUGUUUCGAAACGCUAUGACUUUUACAUUGGACUAGCAUUGGCAGUUAGUUCCAGCAUUUUCAUUGGCAGCAGCUUCAUCCUGAAAAAGAAAGGUCUUUUGAAACUAGCCAGCAGGGGCUCUCUGAGGGCAGGACAAGGAGGCCAUGCAUACCUUAAGGAAUGGCUGUGGUGGGCAGGGCUUUUGUCAAUGGGUGCAGGUGAGGCUGCAAAUUUUGCAGCCUAUGUGUUUGCCCCAGCCACACUUGUCACACCUUUGGGAGCCCUGAGUGUCCUUGUGAGUGCCGUUUUGUCAUCAUACUUCCUGAAUGAGAGGCUAAAUGUUCAUGGGAAGAUUGGCUGCAUCCUAAGUAUUGUGGGCUCAACUGUCAUGGUUAUCCACGCUCCACAAGAGGAAGAGGUGGAUACACUAGAAGAGAUGGCAGAAAAACUCAAAGAUCCAGGUUUCAUUGCAUUUGCAGUUUCUGUGGUGGUCAGCAGUGUUAUACUCAUCUUUGUUGCUGGGCCACGUUAUGGACAGAAGAAUGUGUUGGUGUACAUCCUGAUCUGCUCUGUGGUAGGCUCUCUCUCUGUUGCAUGUGUCAAAGGCUUAGGUAUUGCCAUAAAAGAGCUCUUUGCUGGACAUCCCAUUCUGAAAGAACCUCUGGGCUGGAUCCUCCUAAUUUGCUUGGUAAUCUGCAUCAGUACUCAGAUAAACUACCUGAAUAAGGCUCUGGAUAUCUUUAAUACAUCCAUCAUCACACCAAUUUACUAUGUUUUCUUCACCACCUCUGUCAUGACUUGCUCUGCCAUUCUGUUCAAAGAAUGGAAUAAUAUGGGAGUGGAAAACAUCAUUGGUACUCUCAGUGGCUUCCUUACAAUCGUGCUUGGGAUCUUCCUCUUGCAUGCCUUCAAGGACAUCAGUUUUACAUUUGAUACACUGCCACUGUUUUUAAGGAAGAGUGCACAACAGGGAGUGAAAGAAAGAGGUCCUCUACACCAGCCACUCCUGGACCAUGAUGUGGAGUCUGUAAAAGGAAUUAGCGAAGAUAACUGUCAAGCUUGCCAUAUAGUAAAUUCCAGUGGUUCUGCUGUUUUUCCUGGGAGAGGCUGCAGACUUCAUUAGAAACAGCAGCAAAGUCAUUUAAUACUCAAACUUUGUUUUCGAAUUAUAGGACUUUAGGCAGUGUCUUGUGUGCUGAAACUGUUCCUCCAAGUAUUUGUCUUAAAGUUACUGAAUAGUGUCCAGUCUCCUGCUUUCCUCUUUUGUACAUUGUGAAACAUGGACAGGAAGAUCCAGGUAGUGUUGCUGAUCCAAUGUUCACAUGUACAAACUGGUGUUUGUGAAUGGAGCGGAAUUAUGAAGUAUCUGUUAGUGACAGAUCAGCUUCAGAUUAACCUCAGACAAGCUGGUGGACAUAUACAAUAGUUUAUAAACUAUUCCACAGAAAUAAAGGCCCUAUAACCCUACUAUGGAUAAUAGCCUGGCAUAUAAAUUAUAAAAUACAGAACUUACUCAGUUUAUAAAAAGAAAACCGCUUAUUACACUUUUUAUUUGGAGCAUAAUAUAGAUAGAUAUUGUAAUACCAGUGGAUUGAAGAAGAUUUUUAAAUACGGAACAAAAAGUGUCCAUAUUCCUUAUUAUUUGUACAGUACCCAGUGGACUGGGGCCUUCUGGCUUUUGUUUACUUAAGUUUCUUACAAUAUCUGUGUUUUAGCAGCAGCAGCAGCAUCAUAGUGUUUCUUUUACAAGAAUCUUUCUAAAUGUCUUAAAUGUUAAAAAGGUUUUAAUUUGUUACAUUUUAAGAUUUUUAAAAAGGAGAACUUCCUACUACUUUUAAUGCUAGUAAAUUGAAUACAAUGGACUAACUUGCACUUUAGCUUGUAGUAAGUAACAACACUGUGUCAUAGAAUUUGAACUUUAUCUGUUUUUUUUUUUUAAAUGGUUUAUUGUGCCAUUGAUUUCUCCAACUUUUUUAUUUUUUAUGUUCACCUUACUUUAUUUUGCAUUUUCUCUAUGAUUUUCACUCAAUAUUUGCCAUUUGGCUCUGUGGCAUGCUGCUUUAUUAUGUGGUGUUGUCUGAACUACAACUUUUCUGCUUAGUAGUAGUAGGUGUAAAUACAAAUGCCAUUAUUGAAUGUAAUAGUUAUAGAACUAUUCUCUGUGAAUUUUGUAGCAUACCUUAAACAUCCUGCUGCCAUAAUUGGGUAGUAGAUGUUAAGGUCAUGCACUUAUUUUGGUGGUAGCACAAAUAAAAAGUCCAUCCCUUGGAAGAACUGUGCAGAUGAAAAAUACCACACUGGUUACUGUCAAUUCAUGUAGGAACUCUGAUUUUAUAUAUAUUUCUUGGUCUAGACAUUUACUAGCUGAAAAAUGUAAUUCUUUAUUACAUCUUGGGAAAGAAUGUGCUGUGUAUAUACUGGUGUUCUUUUUCUGUUUUACUUGCCAAAGGCUUUGGUAUCUCUGUAAAGGAGUUGGGGAUUAAUUAACAUCGUAUUUAAAUUUGCCCUUCUCUGAAUGUGAGACAAAGUAUGCUGUGGCUCUGCCCAACACAGCCGGAACAUGGUUAAUGUAAUUGUAGAAACAGUAAUCAAGAGGAUUGAUGUUUGAAUUAAAUUCUUUGUAAAAGAC